AUGGCGAACGAGGUGAAAUCCGACGCAAUCAUGGACUUGAUGAAGCAGCAUCUCUCCACCGACGCCGGAAAUGAACUAACCAAGAAGAUCGGACUUGUCUACCAGAUCAACAUCGCUCCCAAGGGCCUCUUCUCGAUUUUCAAUUCUUCUUCUUCUUCGACAUUGUUCCUUAUCUGUGUCGUUUCGAUUUCCAGAAAUUAG